AGAGGUGAGAGCGGCAGGCACUGGCAUUCCAGCCUGGGCUGCGGCCUGCCGGCAGCCGGAGACCUCGCCUGGCUCUCGGAAGUGCAGUCCCACCUUCAGGACCAAGCGGGAAGCACCUGGAAUGAAAGGGUUGCCCUGCCCCGGCCUGUGCCCUGCCCACUUCUGGCUGCUGGGGUCCUCCUUCAUGGCUGAGGGCUCGGGGGCUCGGGCCCUGGGGAAAGGGCCCUCUCUCAGCAUCCAGCUCCUGCGGGCCCAGUACGAAGACCUGAGGCAGCAGCAGAGGGCCCAGGCGCACUGCGUGCUGCUCCCCAAAGGAGGGAACACGCCUGCUCCUGCCGAAUCCAUGGUCAGUGCUGUUUGGAUUAACAAGGAGAGGAGGCACUCACUGUCCCAGGACAAGGGGGACCCCGAGGCAGCGGCGACGCUGGAGGAGGCCGACGGUGGCUCUCUGCAGGUCCCCAGGUCUCCGUGGCACACGCACCUACAGAUGCACUGCUCGGUCCAAACCUUCCACCAGGACGCCAGCCAUGAAGGAAAACACCAAGGCCUGCUCCCGGGGGCUGAGCAAAGGCUUCCUCCGGAAAGAGACUCGGGCUUGUUGGCAAACAGGCCGGGGACCCCGCAGGAGGCCACGACCCCAGAGGCAGCCCAGCAUGAACAUGGAGUGGACACUCCCCAGGCACAGACCGCGGCCUGCGGCCUACACAAUGGCCUUCCGUGUCCUUCUCCCACAAAAAUCCCACAACGGCCUGGGAAACCGGCGCACUACCCCUUCCCCCAGAGGAAAGCUCCCCGGAUCUCCCAAGCUGCCCGGAACCUGGGCUUGUACGGCCCACCCUGAAGCUCUCUCCUCAGCCCGAUGCCCCAGCCUGGAGGCCAGCUCUGGUCUCAUCACAGAACCCAGAGGCAGAGCCACAAGGAGGACCCCUCGCUGUGAGCAGAGCUGGGCUAACUCACUGGUAGGGAUUGUGGGAAAUGAGCCUCGCAGUGGGCACGUGGUCUUGUCCUUCAAAAAAGAAGAGCUUGUCCAGAGCAGGUUGCUCCCAGUUCAGGAGGGAAGGGCGCUGUCCGGUCCGUGCAGCCCGCUCCGCUCACACAGAAGACAUUGCUUCAUUGCCAGGGAGCCCAGAGGCCCAUUCCUCGGGGAGGUCCAGGAGGACACCCGC